AAUAGUACAUAACCUAAACUGUCAAAUUGCACGCACCUACAUCGAGCAGCGUCGUUUUAUUGUACAGUAAACUUAAUUUAACUGUAAUUUCCUCGAUGUAAUGCAUUGACAAAAAGAAUAGUUUUGUUACAGAUAAAAUAUUAUUGUUUUUGCAAGAAAAACUGAAUUAUGUUUGAGUUACCAAUAGAAUUAACGACUAAGCCAUUGGCUCUUAUUGGUUUAACUGGUUUAGAUAUUGCAAAUCCAGUGCAUCGUUCUAUCUGGGAUGCAUUUAGUAAUAAUCGCAGAUUAGAAAAUACUGUGAUUCAAUUUAAAUUGCUAAGCCCUGCACAUCAAUUCCCCAGAGUCAAACCCAAGCGUAAUUUAUAUGAAUGGUACAAACCGAAAGGAAUAUUGAAGCGUAAUUGGAUGAAUAAAUACCUUAAUGAAAUUCCAGCCGUAGUUGUUGUAUUUUAUGAUUUAGAUUGGAAUGAUCCACAAUGGAAUGAUAAGAAAUUAGAGUGUGCAUCCAAAGUACAAACACUUAGGAACGCUUUGGAAGGUAGAAACACAAAAAUAGCUGUGGUACUUAUACAACAAUGUACCCAGCCUCCUCCAGGUUCUGAAGAUGCUUUGGCUACUGAGAGAGCUACAGCUGUUUGUGGUGCAUGCGAGCUACCACCAAAAUUAUUAUACAUUCUACCACAUGGAAAUCAUUUAUUAGGCUACACAUCUAGAUUGGAGAAUGCAUUGUUUGAUCUAGCACAAAAUUUUUAUCAUCACGAGUAUAAAACUGUCAAAGGACAUAGAGAUCAACUUGAUAAAACUGUACACCAACAUCUCUUUGUACGUCACCACUUCAAGAUGGCAUUCUUAAAUGAACUCAAGCAAGAUCAAACUUUAGCAAAGAAGCACUAUGAGCAAGCAUAUACUAAUUUGUCUGAAAUAAAACUGAAAGAUGCAAAUGCAUUGGAAGUUAAAAUUGUUGCUUGGUUUAUCAACUACAAACUAUGUAAAAUAUUAUUUAAUUUAAAUAUUGCUAAAGAAGCGAUAGCACAGUUUAAACAUCACACAGACAGAUUCAAACUGAUGACUGGUCCAAAAGAACUUAUAUUUGAACAUCAUGCAUGGAUGUGUAGUCAGUUCUCUACAUUUGCCGAGUUAUUUGAUGAAGCUAUUCAUCAGGGACUUCCAGCUCUCCAAAUCCAGCACCCUGGGUAUUAUUUUCAAUUAGCAGCUCAACAUGCAAGCUUUAGACAAGCAGCUUGUAAAGAACUAUGUCAAAAUAUUAACAGUUACCCAGAUCCAGAUCCACUGCUUGGAGAAGACAAACUGGAGUUUUAUGGACAACGUCCAUGGCGUCCAGAAAAAUUAAGUGCAGAACCUGCAGACUCUGCAAAAGAAACAAUUGCUGUACAGGCUUUACAGUACAAAGAAAAAUUAGUAGAUCAUUCGAAAGUAAUUAUUGCUCUGUUAGGAAAUGCAAUUUCCCAAUUCAAAGUGUAUAGAUGUCCAAGAAUGAGGAGGGUACUAGUGGUACAAAUGGCUGAAGAGUAUUAUAAUUCGAAGGAUUAUGGGAAAGUACUCACAUUGUUGAUGCACAUGUUGUGGGAAUAUCACGGGGAACGAUGGCCCGUCUUAAUUACAAAUAUCUUAAAGAAUGCGUUGAGAGCGGCGUAUCUUUCCACGAGCAUUCAAGACUACAUCACAUUAGCAUUUGAAGCAUUGGGACCCUCCACUACGUUCUCGGAAGAUUACAAAGCUGCAGUGUACAAUAACGUCAUAAAUAUACUUAAUAAGAAACCUCCGAAUCCAGAACCUAAUUUACCCGAUGAUGUGAAACUUCCAGCAUUGGAAAAGUGGAAAACUGAGUUCAACAAAGCAGAACCAAUUGUAUUUACAAUCGAUGAUAAUAAUAUGAGUUCAUUUGUGGAAGUUAAAGCACGAUUCUUGCAACCAAAAUAUGCUGUUAACUCCGUAGUUAGCGUAGAAGUCAUAAUCAGGAAUUUGUACUGUGGUACUAUAGAAUUUUCUAAAGUAUCAAUAACAAUUGGUAACCCCGGAUACUCGUCAGAACUUACUAUCACCGAUGCUGAAAACAGUAAUCUUACUUUUAAUGGAAAAGAGAUGAAGAAACUUCUUUAUCAAUUUCAAGCACCGAAAACUACUAAUGGAAGUGAAAUACGCAUCACUACUAUUUCAUUAUAUAUGGGCAACGAUACAGUUUGUUGUAUUGCUCUGAGGUUCUCUGCUGUUGGAAGGGAAACAAAUUUUUUGAGUCGUCUAUAUCCCGAAAUACAGCAGCUCCGCAGAGGAGAAUUUGAACUUAUACAACCACUAGUCACUGCAGAAAUUAAACAAGAAGAAUCUAGUCUAAAUAUAAGUGCAGAAUCCAGCAGUCCAGCACUUUUAGGAGAAUGGUUUCCUAUUAAAAUAUUUGUUACUGCUAAUGAAAAUUUAUCAUCCGCAUUAUUAAAUGUGUCGCUCGUAUCUGAUGGAGCAAUUGAACAAUCAACGGAAUUAAGUUUAACAAUGCUUAACAAACAAUCACUUAUAUCAAUACCAAUCGGAGACCUAGAAAAAAAUUGUAGUUCGAAUGAAACAGUAUACUUAAGAGCACACAAAGUUGGCGAUAGAAAUAUUCACAUAAAGGUUGUUUAUUCAAAAUGUGAAGAAAUAAAAGGAGCUAAAGAAUUAACGUAUUCGCUAUCAGUCACGAAACCGUUUGAAGUGUCAACAUUAUUUUAUACAAGUUUGUUUGAACCAAUGACGAAAGGUUUCAUUAAUGAACCUUUUAUAAUAAUGCCUCACAUAUCCUGCGUUUCUCCGUGGCCAAUAAACAUUAUUAGUACUUCUAUAGAACUAGGUGAUUCCAUAGCAAGAGAGAGUGCAGACCAAUCAGUAUCCAUUUUAGCUGGGAUCACAUUGACUGAGGGCGAAACGGGAACAGAUUCGUACUGUCUGAUACCAAAAACCGGAAGUGAACAACCUACCAGUACUGGAGUAUACACAAUUAAAUGGAAACGUGCUAACGAUGAAAAUGCGUUAGAAACUAGUAGCAGUGUAACCUUAGCACCUUUAUGGGUUGAAGAUGCAGUAAUUGGUUUAGAAGCUAAACUACCACCUCAUGGUUGGGUACGAACGCCGCUGCUUGUAUCAUAUUUUAUCAAAAAUCAUUCUGAUUACAUGAUUAAAUUACGAUUGAUCAUGGAAGCUAGUGACGCGUUUAUGUUUGCUGGCCAGAAACAAGUGGAUAUUUACAUACUUCCCAAAAAUGAAAGAAAGGUUGAGUGGAUUCUUCGUCCUCUUGUAGCUGGUUUUGUACAACUUCCAACUCUGUUCUUGACCGUUCCUUCAGAUGAGGAACACAAAGUAAGUAAAGCACGCAUUUCGGAAGUGAUCGAGCGAUCGAUACCAAGUCACAUAUACAUUCUGCCAACAUCUCAAACUUUAGAAGAAUGAAUGAACCAAUAAGGAGGGUUUGAAAAAAAAAACAAAAUUUUAUGACCAUCCAGUAAAAUGUAUUAUUGAAACGUAGAUACAUUUUUAACAUACUCGGAGAUAUAAGAACAUUUCAUAUUUAAGAUUAUGAAUAUCAGUCUACUGAAUAUAAUUUAUUUAAGUUACAUGAGAGUGUAAUAAAAAUUCCUUCAUCCUUGAAA